AUGGCGAAUGUGAUGCUAACGAGUGAGGCGGCAAAGGAUCCGAAUAAACCCUUUGCAUUGCGUGUAGAGGAUGUGUGCACCAAGUUUGAUGAGCUCGUAUCCGAGUGUCUCACACUUGUGCAGUCGGAGGAACAAUUUCCCAAUACAGAAGGGGAAGAAGCGAUAAAUGUGGACGAUCAAGUGGUCAAGAAACUUGAGCAAUUCAAUUCGGUCUGUGACGAGCUCUACAAGGAAAUUCUUCGACGGAAGGAAAAGAUAUUGAAUCUCAUGGAAAAAAGCCCCAAGAACGUGGAUUUGCAUCGUCAGAUCCAGACGGCCGGCAAUUUGGCUCAAGUGGUGGGUGAGUUCCGACACUUUUUAGAGACCGGAAAUGAUACCACUCCAGUGCAAGUGCCGCAGCAACCCAAAGAGUAA